GUCAAAGUGUCCCCACAAGACCCGUACCUACCCCUCUCCCUCGACGCGACCGUCCACCCCGCGUCGUCUCCGACCGCCGCCGCGGCAACCCUAUACCCCGGCCGCCAUGGCGGACCCGCCGUCCGUUGCCGCCAUCGCCUCGCCGCAGCCCGACCAGCUUGGCGCCUCCGCCGCCGCCCCACAGAGCUCCAACCCUAACCCCCUCCUAUCCCCCCAAAUCCCCCCCUCCCCCACCGUCUCCGACCUCUCCGCCAUUUCCUCCCCGCAGCUCGACCCAGCCGCGGCAGCUGCAGGCGGAGGACCAGCGGACUUCCCGCCUCGUCCGCAGCAGCUGCAGGCGCCUUCGCCCACGCAGGCAGUGGCCGGCGCUGGCGCCGGAGGCUAUGGCCAGAUCCACCGCUCGGGUUCGGCCUCCCGCCUCGCCGCUGCGAGCCAGCUUCCGCAAUACUCCGCUGCAGCGGCCAGGAUGUACGGCGGGCAGAUGAGCUUCUCUGGCGGCGGAGGGCAGCUCGGGCAACAGCAGCAGCUGGCCGCGCGCGCGGCAAUGCUCGGUCAGGGGCAGCUGGGGAUGAUGCAAGGGCAGGGCAACGCGGUCUCUGCUGCACACUACGGGCUCCAGUCACAGAUGAUGUCACAGCCAAGGCAAAAAGGAAUAGUACAAGGUGCACAAUUUAAUACUGCAAAUACAGCUCAAGCGUUGCAAGGGAUGCAAUCCAUGGGAGUCAUGGGUACUUUGGGGAUGAACCAGAUGAGACCAAAUGGAACCAUUCCAUAUAGUGCCCAACAACGUUUUGCCCACGCACAAAUGAAGCCACAACAAGUGUCGCAACAAGGUGCACUAUCUCCACAGAAGGUAGCUGGUCAAGGCUUGUCGAGAACAGCAUCAAUUGCAGCAUUAAAUUCACAACUACCUGGAGCAUCGCAAAAUGGACAGAUGAUGCAGAUGUCACCUCAGCAACAGCAGCAAUGGUUAAAGCAAAUACAAUCGUCGAUGGCCUCACCUGUUUCUUCACAUCAACUUCAGCAGCAACAAAGGAUGAUUUUGAUGCAACAACUUCAGAAAUCUGGACUGAGUCCACACCAGAUUGCACAAGCCCAGCAACAGCACCCACAUCUCAAUGCUCAACAGUUGAUGCAUCAGCAGCAGAUUUUGCAGCAACUUCAACAGCAGCAACAGCAACAAUCUCCUAGGAUGCCAGCAUCUGGUUCCCAGAAGUCUGCAAACUUGACGGGAUCACAGCCAGGCACGCCUUUGUCAGGUGGGACUAUGGCUGGUGGAAGUGGAAGUCAAGGAGCAGAAGGAACUAGUCAACUUCUGGGGAAGAGAAAAAUACAAGAUUUGGUUGCGCAGGUGGAUCCCCUGGGCAAACUUGAUCCAGAAGUGGAGGAUUUGGUUUUAGAGAUAGCGGACGACUUCAUUGAGUCGGUGACUGCAUUUGCGUGCAGCCUGGCAAAGCACCGGAAGUCAUCAGUUCUGGAAGCCAAAGAUGUCUUGCUACACCUACAGAAAAAUUGGCAUCUGACUGUUCCUGGUUUCUCAAAGGAGGACAAAAAUCCACAGAGAAAUUAUGUAAAGGCAGUGGUGGAUGCCCAACAGCUGGAAUCUGAAGCUGCUGCAGUUAGAAGCGCAAGUAAUAAGCAGGUCACUAAUAAUUCUAUUGCCAACAAUCAGACAAGAGGUCCUUUGGCGGAGCCUUCACCAACACCUACAGUGGGCUCUCUGUCAAAAAUUCCUCGUUUCUGAGCUCUAUGUUGUACCCUUCGGUGGAAGGUAAUCUCCGUGUUGUAAGAGAUUUCACAUAGACUCACCAGUGGUCUCUAACCGGAGGAUGGAAGCACAAUAAAUCUACAAGCAUCUGUGGACAAACAAAUGACAGCUGCUUACUUGUGUACCCUCCAAUCUGGAUGCUUGUCUCAAAGGGAAAGGCAGUCACCGGCUUACAGGUCAUUUUGCAACAGGCUAUUGCACUAGUCAUCUGUAACCUUAUUAUCCAUGAACUUUUGUAGCUUCCCCUGUUCGGUGUAUAGUGUUUUGUAUGCGGGGCAGCAAUUUUCGGUUCAAUUUUUUGUUGUUGUGGAUGAGGAGCUCUCUUGCCAUGAUGUAGUCACCUGUUGCACAUAAAAUCGCAAAGCUACAGCAUGCCUGCUUGAUGCCGUGUA